AUGGACAGGACAGGACAAGGAUGGAACCUACAUCUAAGAAGGAAUUGGGAGAUGCCAAGGAUAGCAGCCUUUUACAACACAGUAGCACAUUUCAACAAUUUAACAGGUGAGAGGAAUACUUUGGAAUGGAAAGCUGAUAGUAAAGGGAAUUUUACUGUUAAAUCGGCAUACAGAGACUUGUGUUCAACAACAAAUCAGGAGGCAGGAUGGCCUUGGAGGAUGAUAUGGAAAACCAAAAUACCUUACAAGGUAAAUUGUUUUUCCUGGCUUUUGGCAAAAGAAGUAGUACUGACUCAUGAGAACCUGAACAAAAGAGGAUUUCACCUAUGCUCUAGAUGUUACUUAUGUGGGGAACAAGCAGAGACAGUCAACCAUCUUUUUUUGCAUUGCAAAGUGACAGACCAGUUGUGGCAGUUGUUUCUCAAGAUGAAAAAAAUCAACUGGGUGAAAUCAGGAAAUAUAAAAGAAGUAAUGAAGUGUUGGAACAGAGAUGGUAAUGCAGCAAAGAAGGAGAAGAGAUGGAAGAUUGUCCCAGCAAGCAUAUGGUGGACAGUUUGGAAGGAGAGAAAUCAGAGAUGUUUUGAAGAUAAGCAGAGCAGCAUGCAGAAAAUGAAGAUGAAUUGUUUAGCUAUUUACUAUUUUUGGUGUAAAGAGGAAAUGGUAGAUCAAACAGCAGAUAUUUUAACAGCUAUUGACUGGUUGUAA